UUAGGACAGUUUUGGCAUAUAUCAGACCUUCACCUGGAUUUCUCUUAUCACCUCACUAAAGAUCAUACCAAAGUGUGUUUGUCCUCUAAGGGUGCCAACGCCUCAAACCCUGGAAUUUAUGGUGACUUUCUAUGUGAUUCGCCAUAUGGACUCAUUUUAUCAGCCAUUCAGUACAUAAAAGAUUCAAAGGAAAAAGUUGACUUUAUGAUAUGGACUGGGGAUAGUCCCCCUCAUGUUCCUGUAAAUGAACUAUCUACAAAAAUAGUAAUAGAAGUAAUUAAAAACAUGACAGCCACCAUUCGUACACUCUUACCAGACAUGCUUGUAUUUCCUGCACUUGGCAACCAUGACUACUGGCCACAGGAUCAGCUGCCUGUUUCAGGCAGUGAAAUUUACACAGCAGUUGCUGAGUUUUGGAAACCCUGGCUGUGUGAUGAAGCUCUCACAACUUUCCGGAAAGGAGGAUACUAUUCUCAGAUCUACAAGGCAAACACAGUUGGUAUACCUCUAAGAAUAAUCAGUUUAAACACAAAUCUGUAUUACAGUCCCAAUAAAGAGACAUUCAACAUUACUGACCCAGCUGAUCAGUUUGCAUGGCUGGAGGAGACACUGCAAUUUUCUCGCCAAAAUUCUGAAAAGGUAUAUAUCAUUGCACAUGUUCCUAUUGGAUACCUACCAUUUCUAGAAAUGAUACCUGCAAUGCGACCCCAUUUCAACGAGCGGCUGGUGGAAAUCUUUCGCAAUUAUAGCGACAUUAUUGAUGGCCAGUUUUAUGGACAUACUCACCGUGACAGUAUUAUGGUUGUUCUGGAUAAAGAAAAUCCAGUUGGAUCCGUCUUUGUUGCACCAGCUGUUACACCCAUUAAGUCUGCAUCAGACAAGGAGUCCAAUAACCCAGGAUUCCGUCUUUACCAGUAUGAUACCAGCUGUUACACAUUACUGGAUUUAUUGCAUUACUAUUUAAAUCUCACUGAUGCAAACCUAAAACAAAAGGCUACAUGGAAGCUGGAAUAUGUUAUGACCAAACAGUACGGCAUAAAGGAUCUCAAGCCUGAAAGUUUGUAUGAACUUGCCAAACAGUUUCAAAAGCCAAAAAGUAUUGAAUUCCAAAAUUACUACAGGAAUUACUUAGUAAACUUUGAUACAAAUGAGGGUUGUGAUGAAGCAUGCAAAAAGAGACAAUUAUGUGCAAUAAUGUAUGUUGAUGCAACCUCUUAUUUCAUUUGCAUUGUGGAUAUUUCUGAACAUAACACAGAUGAUAUACUUAAUUCUUUGAUGACACUGUAA